GCCGCCCACAAUUCAGAUUCGAAGGAGCAUGGAUGGACCAGGAACCAGGCUUUCCCGCGCGCGCGCUAGAUCCAUGUGACAACUCCAUGCAGCUGGUUUACACACAUACAUGUAGCACAGUGAACGUACUUCAUGUAAUUACGCGACGUUCACAGGUCUCCGAGAAUCGACCUCGACAAAACAUGUAAUUUUGGACACUCUAAGGUUGGACUGACAUCUGAGUCAUACAUGUAGAACAAUUUUCCAGCAGGCAGCUCCAUUCAUUGAUCAAUGUUUGCAGUCAGUCAGGAAAGACGGAAGAAAUCUUAGUCGUCUUACGCUACCAGCUGAUGGUCCUCCCUGGGAUAUGUGCAUACCUCUGUGAUACUGUUCUGCUUAUGUGUUGAGUUAAAGUCGGUCUUAUAUCCAGUGAAGGUGGAUGAGUCAAAGAGUUUGCAGCACUCUCUUCAUGGUGACUGCUGUGAAUGUUUGACAAAUGUACAGCUGCCAGUGGUCAUUUCAAGUGGAGAUCAGCGUGUCAACAGCAGUCUUUUGAAGGGUUCUGCUUCCACUGUGUUUGCCAUUGCUGUAAGAACUACGUCGUAGUUAUCAGGUUCAGUAAAUAUGAAUACUACAGACUGUUUGAUGUGCAAAGCUCCCUUUUUAAGCAAGGAAAAUGACAAUGGCAGGUACAGCUUGCAAGAUUGUGGCUUAUCCCCAGCACAAUUUGAGGGGCAGGAUGGGUUUCUUUGCCACUCAUGCAAAUCAAAGCAAAUGCAAGAAACAAGAAGAGCUUCAAAUAAGAGACCAAGUAGCUGCCCUUUAGAACAUCCUGAGUGUUUAAAGUGCAAAACCCCAUUUCAAAAAGCCCCUAAAGGAGGAUACCAAAGGAGGAGCUUAAAGGCUAUGAAGAUUUCCCCAGAGCAGUUUGGAGGGCAGGAUGGAUUCGUUUGUUACAAAUGCAGACGGAUUCUGAUGAAGCAGCAAGCUCGCAUUCCAAAAAAAAAACCAAAACGGAAGCGUCUCGUCAAUCCCAGACCAAAACGGAAGCGUAGCUGCAAUCCCAGACCAAAAAAAAAGUCAGAAAAUACAAGACCUCAUCAUGAGACAUUGAAAGAGCUUUUAUUAAAUAGAAUGAAGGACUGUCAAUAUGGCCCAAUGGUUAGACUGCUCCUUCGAAUGGAAUCAGCUAGGAAAGCUUAUCAACUUUUUUUGGAUAAGGCAGUCCGAAAAGAAAUCAAGGCUUAUCCCAAAACCCACUUAGCACAUGCUGUUACUGCUGAACAAGUAGCCAGUUUCAAAUGGGUUGAAGUCAUUGAGGAAGCUACUUCGUGCAUGCCGAUCCUUGUAAAUGUCCUGAAAGCUGCUCUCCCAGAUCCAUCGCACAGGAAGGGAAAUGUAUUCUGUGGCCGUGGGGUGAGAUCAACAAAACAGGCUCAGGGUAUUUAUAACCAGCGCCUGGGCUUUAUUUUGUCAUUGAUUAUGUAUUCACAUAAUCCGCAGGUGUACAGUUUCAUUCAGGGAUGUGUUUCUCUGCAACUGUGGAAACAUGGAUGCAGCCAAAAAGUUGUUGAAAGUUUGCAUGCUCUUGGCAUAUGCAAAGGACUUAAGGGGACAGCUAAGACCGCAUCCAAACUGAAGAAGGAUCCAGCACAGAAACAGAAGCAAUGGCAGCGUGCACUAAGUGAACAACUCAAGGCAAGUGCCGCAGCUGUUGAAGAUAGUGAGACCCAUAAGCCAUCCCUUUGUAAUCGAGUGCAGGCAGGUGUUCUGAAGUCACCUGUUGUAGAAGACAUGGAUGAUGAUGUUUCAUCUGAUAUGAGUGUACAUGUAUCUGCUGACAGCAACUCUGAUAGUGAUGUUGUGUCAUCUCAUGAGGGGCAGGAGAUUCGUGUGGAUAGGAAAACCCACAAGCCAGCCCCUUGUAAUGAAGUGCAGGCAGGUGUUUUGAAUUCGCCUGCCACAGAUGGCAUGGAUGAUGAUGCUGCUUCUGAGAUGAAUGUGUCUUCUGAGAACAACUCUGAUAGUGAUGCUGUGCCAUCUCCUCUAGCACAACUUUCUCUACAUGUAACUGCUGUUAAUGUUGAUAAUUUGCCAAGUACAUCAAGCGGUAAACAUGGUUCAUUCUUUGAGGACACAUCCCAUAAAAGAAAAUAUCAGGCACCUAUUCACACGCUUCCAUUGCACUUACGACGUAAACCUGAGCCUGGGUAUACCAUAGUGUGUGACAAUGUUUUGAUGCAGUCAGCUAAACGUUCCAACGAGUUAAAGUUGCAGGCCGCAAUCUUUGCUGUAAGGAAUAGAGUUGGAUUUGACCAACAAAUGGCUUACACUAUGAAACAUGCUGAAGACAUCCCCCUCUCAUGUUUUCUUCCGACUUUUUCCGACUGGAGAAAUUUGAAGCAGAGGAUGUGCCAAAUUUUGCAGCACAUUUUGAAAGAUCAUUUGCCGUUUUUGAAGGGAGUGACAUGUUCUGCCCCUAAGCGGCACCUGCACAGUGAUGCUUUGAGUAAGAAAAGUGAAAUUGUCAGCUUAGGCGUGAUAGAUGAAAACCCCUUCAGCACACAAGGCUCAGUCUGUAUGCUUGAGUCACUUCAUCGGUUUGUGCCGUCAUAUGGAGAGGACUUGUACCCAACUGCAUGUUUUGGAGAUGGGCUGUCUGUAGCGCAAAUGACCGAUGCCAAACAAACGAGAGUUAGUGGAGCUUCUGCAGCGGAUAGGUUGGAGGGACUAGUGCAGUGCCCACAAGACUUUCAUCGAAGAGGUGUUUUGCUCCAAGACACAAUGGAUAGAUUCUUCAAAGAGGAAAGUGCAACAGACAGGGGAACACUCUUUCAGUUGAAACAGGAGUUUGGUCAUCAGUCAGUCAAAAGGAACGUCAUGGAAAACUUCAAUCAUGUGGAAGAUCUUAUUCAGUUCUGCACACGUGCAUUCAGCAUAAUGCUAGCACUCAAGCUUAUCCAAGAAGAAGAUAUCCCUGAACCUUUUCCAUCCUCAGGAGCUGCCUCUCAUCAGAAGGUAUGGCUCACGAAAUUCAUCUGGAAAAUCGUAGAUUUUGUUUGGCCUGAAAUCCCAAGUGAAGACAUGAACAAAGCAUGUGAGCAACAAGGAGCAGGCGCCACACUUGGUUUUAAUGGCCAUAAUGGUGAUGUGGAAAAUGCCAUCAAUGAUGAUGCCUGUAAGUGUGGUGAAUCAACAGGAGAAGGAAUGAUCAGAUGUUCCAACAGGGAAUGUGGUUGGUUCCACUACUCUUGUGCAUAUGUUCAUGGUCCCGUGGAAGGUGAUUGGUGGUGUUCAGCAGAGUGCCAGGCUUCCAAGUCCUCUUUAUAUUGUAAAUGCCAUAAAAAGACAGAAAAGGAAGAGGUUAUGAUCCAGUGUGAGUUGCAAAGACAUUGUUCUUUCAACGAAUGGUAUCAUCUUGAGUGCGUAGGAGGGGCUGAAGAUUUCCCAGAUGAGUGGUAUUGUUCUCCUGAAUGUGAACAACGAGGUUUAGACAAAUCAGCAAGUGACGGGGUCCAGGAAUAUUCCAGAGCCUUGUUAUUUGAAGGUCUUUGCCAUCUAGCCUUCCGUGAUGCAGUAUGGGAGGGUGAUGGACCAGCCAUCCUCAGCCACUGGAGGAUCAACACCCUACAGUUUUGGAAUAACAGUCAUCUCAAAUACUUCAACUUGGCACACAACAUGCUGGCAGGAGUCAAUGGAUUUUAUCCUGCCCGAGUUGCACAUGACAUGACCUGGAACAGAGUGGCUAAUUUAACAGGUCAGGCAGAUCACAACAUUGGUCUGGAUCUGGUGAAAGAAAUUCCAACUGAAGACUACCAGGAAAUGUUGUCUCAAGUGCAAGGUGUGAAUCCAAAGCACCAGGGGGAACAUUCCAGCAAACUGAGUGAGACGUUGUGUCGUGAUCUAGAUGACAUCUUUUUGCAGUCUCGUUUUGGAAUCCAGAAGCAGCGAUCUGAGCAGGCACGACAGAAAUUUGAUCAGGACGUCCAGUGUUUUGCAGCUUCCUAUACGGAUGAUGGCCUCUUUGAUUUUGUUCCAGGCAGACAUCACAAGUGCUUUCCAUUUUUCAAGCACUCAUUAGAUGUGAAAUCCCCACACAUAAUGGGUAAAAAGCUCCUGCAACUCAGUAAACUCAUGGACAUGGGCAGGGAAUCUGUACAGUCAUGGUCUGCUGCACAUACAUGAUGAUGUAAUCAAGACAGUUUGGCUAAAAUCUCAAACUACUUUUCAAGUUUGUGACUAAUAAGCAAGUUGGUUUUUGUUUGGUUUGUCUUUAAGUUUAUGUAAUGUAGUAUUGAAAAACAGUUAAGAAAAC